GCUUGGCCCCCUCCCGCCUCAGGCCCCGAGAGCGAGAGAGCGACCGCCGGGCAGGGGCCGCCGCGACCAAACGCUGCUGUUGGUUGUUGAAAUCAUGAAUCCUGUUUAUAGUCCUGGAUCUUCUGGGGUACCCUUUGCAAAUGCCAAAGGAAUUGGGUAUCCAGCUGGAUUCCCAAUGGGCUAUGCAGCUGCUGCUCCUGCUUAUUCUCCUAAUAUAUAUCCUGCAGCAAAUCCAACAUUCCAAACAGGUUAUACACCAGGCACACCAUAUAAAGUCUCUUGCUCACCUACCAGUGGUACAGUGCCUCCUUAUUCUUCAUCUCCCAAUCCUUACCAAACUGCAGUAUACCCAGUUCGAAGUGCCUAUCCACAGCAGAAUCCAUAUGCACAGCAAGGCACUUACUACACACAGCCUUUAUAUGCAGCACCACCCCACGUAAUCCAUCACACUACAGUUGUGCAGCCCAAUGGAAUGCCUGCAACUAUGUAUCCAGCACCAAUUCCACCUCCCAGAGGAAAUGGUGUCACCAUGGGAAUGGUGGCUGGGACCACAAUGGCAAUGUCUGCAGGUACCUUGUUGACAACACAUUCCCCAACUCCCGUAGCCCCUCACCAAGUUACAAUGCCCACUUAUCGAGCUCCAGGAACUCCAACCUAUAGUUAUGUGCCCCCACAGUGGUGAUCACCAUUACCCAGUAUUUGAAGAUGGGAGAUAUGCAAUCAAGUAAUUGAGGUUUAAAAGUUGGUGCUGAAGCCUUCAUGCCUCCAACCAGGACUUGUUUCUUCUGAAUGCUUGCAAUCCUUUGCUAAACACUAAUUCCACUGAAGACUUCCCAGUGCUGCAUAUCUUACAUCUUGGAACUCCAGCAGUUAGUCUUAAAGCAAAUCCUGUUUUGUGGACUGUCUUGCAAUUUUUAGCUAAUUAUAAUGAUUAAAGGGAGUAUAAAUUUAUUGAUUCAUAUCUAGUUGAAUGCAUGUCUAAAACUCGCAAAGCUUGCUCAACCUACCGCUCUGACUGAUGCAAAAAUUGUCAUAUGCAAAAUCCAAAGGAGCCGAAAAGUAUUUUACAGUUUAUAUCACUAAUGCACUGUUGUGAUGUUUGCAGGGUCUUAAAGAGGUAGAAUUGUGACAGUGAUUUUUUUUUCAUCAUUCUAAUUAGCAAGUGUGUUAACCUUUUAAGACACCAGGUAAAGGGAGAAAAAAUGGUGGUAUUUUUCUUUCCAGUUCAGUGACUGGAAAAUGAUUUUGUAGAAAUCUUGCAAAGGAACCAUUUGUUAUUUGUAAGUUCUUUAUAUUUCCACUUUUUGGUUUCAGUGUUAAUAUAGACAUUCUCAAGGACAAAAACAUAUUACAGGAAAAAUAUGGUUAAAAGUCUUGCUAUCUAAAUCAUUAAUCAUCAUUGGAAUGUUUGGUGGGAAAUCAUCCACAUAAUGGUUUACCUCCUAAGAACAGUCUUAAGUGAUUGAUGUCAAUGAUUUCCACACUGCUGUAAAAUAGAAUUUUGUUCAAUUUUGUUCAGGUCCACCCUUCCAACAAAAAUGGGCUAAUCUUGGCCAGAUUGAUAGUUUGAGCAGCUUUCUUUUGUAAAAACAUAGUCAUAUCAAUAUUUCAAUAGAAAAGAAUUCAACAUAUUCUGAAGAAAAAUGUCCUUUUUUAUAUAUAUUAAAGGGGAGCAAACUAAUUAAAUCAUUUUAUUGACUUAUUUUCCUUGCAGCAUGGAUAUGAACCAAGUAUGGAAGCAAUUGUUAGAAUAUACCUAAAAGUAGGACUAAAUUCAAAAGUGAUCAAGUACAAAGAUUCUGAUUGGUAAUACUUUUCUUUUGGCAUAAUCUUGGGCAUAUACUUUUUUACCUCCUAAAUUGCAUUUGGAAAAAUUGAAAUUAAGAAAACAGAUGCAGUGUUUCAUUGCAGCGAACCACUUCUGAACUCCUUACCUGCAGCUUUGAGUCUUUGUAGAAGUACCUCAGUCAAUGCUGUGGCGAUAUAGGGCUAGUCUUGGAACCAGUUUGUGCACCAAAAUUAUUAUGGGAUUUUUAAAUUUU